AUGUAUCAAUCUUAUGAACUUGAUACAUUUAAUGUACAACCGACACAACCUAUUAUUCCCCAAUAUCUUAAUAGGGAAGAUUCAAAUGAAGGUUUAAAUGUGGUUAAUCUAGGUGAAGAAUUACAACAAAAGGUUAAUAUUGCCAGAAAUGAAACUAAAAACCUUUAUUCCCAAGUUGAUAAAGUGAAACACAAUCUUCAAGAUGCAAACCUUUUUGAAAUGGCAAAUAGUGUAGAACCUUUAAAUAGUGGCACAAUAAAUUUAAGUCCAACAAUAACAUUGAAAGGGCAUAAUAAUAAAAUUGCAGAUUUUAGAUGGAGUAGAGAUUCUAAUUCUAUUCUUAGUGCAAGUCAGGAUGGGUUUUUAUUGCUUUGGGAUAGUGCCACCGGUUUGAAGAAGAAAGCCAUACCACUAGAUUCGCAAUGGGUAUUAUCCUGUGCUAUUUCGCCAAAUGGUAAACUAGUUGCUAGUGCAGGAUUGAAUAAUAAUUGUACCAUAUAUGGGGUUUCUGGUGACACAAUGAUACAACAGAAUGUCCAGACGAUUUUUAAAGGUCAUACAUGUUACAUUUCUGAUGUUGACUUUAUGGAUAACUCAAACGUUCUGACCGCUAGUGGGGACAUGACUUGUUCGUUAUGGAAUAUUCCAAAGGCUAAAAGAGUACGAGAAUUUACUGAUCACUUGGGGGAUGUAUUAGGUUUAUCUAUAUCUCCAAAAAACGGUAAUCAAAAUAUAUUCAGUAGUUGUGGCUCUGAUGGUUAUGCCUAUAUAUGGGAUACAAGGAUUCCUGGUGCGACACAACAUUAUUUUGUUAGCGAUUGUGAUGUUAGUACAAUACAAUUUUUUAAAGAUGGAAAUUCUAUUGUUACUGGAAGUGACGAUGGUACAAUUAAUAUUUUUGAUUUAAGAUCUGAUUGUCCUAUUGCAUCAUAUUCCUUACAAGAAUCAUUAACUACAAUAAAGGAACAACCAACAUAUACUGCAAGUACUAUGGAAUAUGGUAAAAGUACGACAUCACCUAUAUCGACAGCUGUUAGUUCCAGUUUUUUUGACAAUCAAGGUGUUACCUCGAUUGAUUUUAGUUCUUCAGGUAGACUAAUGUACGUCACUUAUACAGAUUUGGGAUGUGUAGUUUGGGAUAUUUUGAAGGCUAAUGUUGUUGGUAAAUUAGAAGGGCACCGUGACAGAGUAACAAGAGUAAGGUCGAGUUACGACGGGAUGGGUGUAUGUACUGGUUCAUGGGAUACUACUUUAAGGAUAUGGUCGCCAAAAUGA